AUGGUUGGUCUUCUAAGACAGGCUACAUCAUUACUUCAAACUUCUUGUAAUCCUGGUUCUGUAGUUUCGGUACGAAAUAUUGCCAGAAUUCCUCACUAUGAAUAUCAUAUUCGUUUUGAUGGUAAAGAAGGAAGAAAAAGAGUUUGUCAGGAUGUUUUGGAUAGAUUUAAACGUUUGAAUAAUGGAAUGUGGAUACAUGCAAAACCUGGAAAACAUAAACAACGAUAUGCUAAAGAUGAACAUUUUCAAGAAACUUCAGAACAAUAUGUAACAUGUACAAAAAGAGAAUGUGAGAUGCUUGACAAGUUAAUGACACCAUUUUGGUUAAAGAAACGUUUUUACAUUAAUGACCCUUACAAAGCUUACCACGUCCGCCAUAAUAUAGAUUCUCCAAGAGUAGAUGAUAGGGGUCAUUUUGUUCGUGAAAGAAACAAAAUACUAAUGGAUGACAUAACAGCAUUAAAAUAUUUUCAAGAUCGUUAA